AUGUCAGAGACAUAUCCCAACCCCCCAUUCCCAGGGGCCGUCCGCCAACUGGAAAUUGAAAGGGCCCCUUCAAGAGCGCCUUCGAGUGCUUCGCUCAUCGAGACACCACGCCCGCGCUCACUGCAUCUGCUCGUCGCUGCCAAUGGCCCGAAAGAUGUGGCCUUCGCCGAAGCCAUCGCCGUCCGUCUCUCCAAAGAGUCGCAGAUUACUACGCGAGCCAUCGUCGACGACAUGACACAGAGGUUGGCCUAUGAGAUCAUAGCAUACCGGAAUCGGGGACUGAGGCGGGGCGUCCCCGAGGGCCCCAGCAUCAAGGAUAUCGAGUCCUCCCAACAAGAGGCCGCCGAGUUGGUCGCCUGGGCCGACCUCCUCGUCCUCUCCCCCAUCGACGCCGACACGCUCGCAAAAAUGAUGUGUGGAAUAUCAGACACGCUCCUAUUAGAAGUGCUACGGAGCUGGGAUGCCUCCAAGAGGAUCCUGAUGGUGCCCGGAAUGACCACCCAGAUGUGGGAGAACCCCGUCACCAAGCGCCAGAUGAGCAAGCUGCACCGCAAGUGGGGCUGGAUUAGAGUGAUGCCCCCGAUCCUCUGGCACUAUGUCGACAUAGGUCACUGCUCCAAGCGCGUCGUCGAGUGGGAGGGCUUCAACGAGGUCAUCGGCAUCAUCAAGAACCAAGCCGACUUCCUCAAGCUGGGCCACGACAUGGAGAUCAGCGCCCAGCCCAGCACGCCGCCGGCCAUGAAGGGCAAAGCCCGGAGCACCCUGCCCCCCGAGAUCUGGACCAUGAUCCUCGAGGCCACCAACGACUGGGAGCUCGCCACCUGCCUAGGCAUCUUCACCACCCUCGAGAUGCCCACGGGGCUGGGCUGGCGCCGCGAGCCCAAGGACCCCAACGACCCGCUGCAGGUCUUCAUGCACUCGCUCGAGUGGACGCUCCUGACGGCCGACACGCGGGCCGUGUGCGACAAGCUGGCGCACGCGCCGCCCACCUUCCACGACCUGUCGGCGCUGGCGGUGCACCUCAUCUUCAAGUUCUCGCUCACGGGCGUGCUGACCUACAUCGAGGCCAACCUGCCGCACAUCUUCAAGUGCUUCGACGGCAAGACGAUCCCGACCAAGGCGUCGGCCUACUACGGGCGCACCGCGAUCCUGGACUGGUGGGCGCGGUCGCCGUCCUUCUUGGAAAAGCAGUACGACGGCGAGGCGCUCAACCGCGCCUCCCAGUGCGGCUUCGUGCCCGUGCUCGAGUGGUGGCGCCGCUCCGGCCUGCCGCUCAAGUACGACGAGCAGGCCUUCGAGAUGGCGUCGUCGCGCGGGCAUGUGCAUGUCCUCGAGUGGUGGCGCGAGGCGGGCAUGCAGGACCCUUCCAUCGUCGUCAAGCCCGGCCGCUCCCUGCUCGCCGCCGCCCAGUGGGGCCAGAUGGCCGCCAUGCGCUGGUGGGAGGAGAGUGGUAUUCCUGUUGGCCAUCAGGACGCCGUCUGCAAGAUGGCCACGCGCUGGGGCCAGGUGAAGGUGCUGGACCUGUGGCGCCAGCUGCGCGGGGACGAUAAGCUGCAGUUUGAUAACCAGAUUCUGAUCGAGGCCACCUAUCACGCGCAUAUCCCCGUGCUGGAGUGGUGGCGGAAAUAUGCCCACGGGGAGCUGCCCGGUAUGGGCGGCCGGAAGGGGAACAGGGUCGAGUACAAGACGAUGGAGAUCGAGGAGGCGCUGGAGGACUCGCUGGGGGACCAGACCAAGGUCCGCCGGUGGUGGGCCGAGAACGGCCUUAACUUGGGGCUCGGUACCAGCGAGUGGAUGAAGACGCGGUACUUGUAG